AUGGGCCAGAGCACAAGACCACGUAGGCCAUCGCUUACACAACAUCUGCAGCGCAUACUGCACAUUGAUGACCUUGGAAAAAGGCAUAGCAGUAGCUCACAGUCACCUGGCGCGGGUCUCACAGCUUCGCCCCAGCAGCAACAAUUCACACAAAAAAGUGUGCAAAAACCACAGAGUUACCUUCAUGUAAAAAAAUCGUUAACUCGUGAGACUUCUUGCCGAGAACCACAAGCAUCUUAUACUCCUGAAGAACCGCCGGCAAAUUUUGAUAAUUGCAUUUCACCCACAUGGUCCAGAAAUUCCGCCGUGCGAAAUGAGAGGCGGGCUACACUGCGACUAGAGGCAGAGAGGGUAGAGCUCGAGAAAAAACUCAUGAAGCUUGAGCAAGCGGAAUCAACUAAGGAUCUCAGUUCAAUGAGACGGGAACCACGCCGUCUCACUAAGAAGCAACCAUUUGGCAGCUCAAGUAGAGCGUCAAGUGUAAGUGCAGAUGAAUCUAGGGGCUCCAGACGGAUUUCUUCGAUUUUUUCAACUUCGAGACGCUCAUCGAGAUCGCGAUCAAGCUCGUUAAAUGAGGACGAUAGAGGCACCUCAAGACCGCAGUUGUUUGGACCCGAAUGUGCCACACGUACACUAUCCACGACCUUGCCUGAACGCCUCAGCACGGCAAUUUCCAAGGAGCUAGCUGUCCAAAACAACCCGCUACUUGAAAAUCAUACAUCGUCCCUACGAUCACAGAAGCUAUCGCACUCAGAAGUAGCCAUGACAGUUGAUCAAGGAACCGAGAGCAAUAGACAUUUCGAUAACAGUGAGGCAGGUACCUCUCAUGCGCAGGGGCUCAAAAGGCUUAGGCAAGAGCCAAUGCAACAAGUUGCCCCCAUAACAAUGUCCAUAUCAGACGUACGACAAGUUUCGGAUUCUUCAGAAUUAGAUCGUUCAUCAUUUGCAGCAGCUUUGAACCUAAGGAAAAGAGUCUCUGGCAAAACACAAUCACAUGGGCGUCUCUCACAGUCCACGCCCUCUCAAAGUACCAUAGCACAAAAAGAGAGCCGUCGUGAACUAAGCGCCACUGGUCCCUCAAGGAAAACAUCAGCAUCCGUCACCCCCCUGAAUACUAACCAUCUCGGUAUUCGAAAACCUCUCAUUGCCUUCCAGUUAGGCCCGUCGGUGAACGUACCGAUUAGAACACCACGAGGCAAACCUCAGGGACGUCACAAACGUUUCAUAUCGUCUCCGCUUGCAGGCUUUCCAACAACGAGUAACACCACUUUUCAGUCUCUCGACGCCGUUCCAAAUGAACGAGCAUCCGCAAGUCCCGAUGGCAUGUGUCACACGGAGCCUUCUGCAUUCUCCAAAAGAACUGCCUCUUGUAAUACAAAUCCACCACGCCCAAUGACUUCAUUACGAUUGUCGAAUGGAGAUGGCAGAGAAGACAGACACUUCCCAAUCAGCCCUCUUGAUCUCACGCACGUAGCUAAGGAGAAUCCGCGGACCAGUUUACCAAAUAGUUCGGGGUUAUCAGAUCAUAGCCUUAAGCCAUAUUCGAGUACAGCAAUCUCCAAUACUAAACCAAAAGGGCAUCUCGCUUUAAACCAGGGAUUGCAGCGGGCACUUGUGUCUGUAAAACCACAUGAUUAUGGUUCGCCAAGCAAUGCACUUGAAAUACACUCACAGAGCCGCACUGUGAAAUCUGGGAGCCAAGAUGGGGGUCUUACAGCAGCACAAACGCGCCUAGAAGGGGAAAAUACCUCCAUACACACGUUUAAUACCGACUUUUGUGGUCGAGGGGAGCCCUCAUCACCUAUAGGUGGUUCAACAAGUGCCUUGGGUCACAAAGUAGGACGUUCGACCGUUUCAUUGUCGGCUAGCUUGUCCCAGGAUCCAGAAUCAGAGGAGUACAACACCGCAGAUGAAGCUGCAUCGACUGCUUCAGAGUUGCAAAGCGAGGAAUCUGUUCCGGUCAAGCAAUUAAACACUGCUUCUGUUCCUGCCAGUCUAAGCACCUUUGCUAAUAAAGGCUCAUCCUCCAGGCUUCAUUAUUCUCCCCCAGCUGUGCACCCUAACACACCAGCUCUCUGGACAGAACAAUUUGGAGGAAAUCCAAAACAACUUCGGCGAGGCCAGCGGGUCGCGAAGCUUUUCGUUAUUUGUUGCCAUUGCGAGUUCUGGCACGACAUGCCGUCCGAGAUGUAUGCAAAACUGGACUCCCCUGCCAUUCCUUCUGUUCCUACAAGCCACAGCCCUGCAUCUUUGGUAGGAAUAUCAGACUUGAACGAUCAAGCUUCAUCUAAGGCGCAAGAACUAGAGAGUAUGUAUGACUACCUAGCAAAGGUCAUUUUGCUCGGUCCAAGUGGUGCUGGAAAGUCUUGUGUGCUCCACCGAUUUGUGAAGAAAGAAUGGAGAGUGCUAUCGUCUCAAACGAUCGGCGUCGAAUUCUCCUCGAGAAUCGUUAAGUUAGGAAUCGGCCCUCGACGGACAAGGAUAAAGCUACAACUCUGGGAUACUGCAGGUACUGAAAGGUUCCGUUCCGUCUCUAGAUCUUAUUACCGGGGAGCGGCGGGGGCUAUUCUUAUCUACGAUGUAUCAUCUCAUACCUCAUUUGCGUCCCUUCCUACUUUCCUCAUGGAUGCGCGUGCUCUUGCAUCUCCCAACCUAACUGUGUUACUGGCCGGGAAUAAGAUGGAUCUCACAUCCGACAUCUCGCUCCAUGGUGACACCACCGAAGACGCCACUCGGCCUCCCCCAACACCGUCCAGUACUUCCAGCAAACAGUCUGCCAUUGCAUUCGGCUCGGGUGGUGGUUCUGUCCGCUCUACAAGUCAUCUAGCGACUGGGACACGCAUGACCGCUACAUGUGCUCCCCAUGGCCGUGAAGUAUACUUUGAAGAAUCCUCCCGGUGGGCUGCGAAGUCAAACAUCCCCGUUGCCGUUGAAGUUUCGGCCCUCACUGGAGAAGGUGUGGAGGAACUAUUCAACCGGCUGGCCAGAAUUAUCUUGACUAAAAUUGAACUUGGUGAAAUCGAUCCUGACGAUCCCCAGAGCGGUAUACAAUAUGGCGACGGCGGUCUUUAUGGCCAUGGGACAAGCGAUGGUUCCAGUAUACGGAGUCGGAUGACUCUAGACAAUGCAGUCCAAUUGCACAAUCGGAAUCCUACGAGUGUAAGUAGGUGGAAAAGCGGCAUGAGAGAGUGGGAGGAUGUCUUCCGGUUGAGUGGAUCAUAUAAUAAGAACGGUGAAGGGUGCUGCUGA